AUGGCCCUAUCCAACGGCUACGUAGCAUACCGAACAACUCUGACGAACUGGCUACCUGAUUACCAAUACCUACAUCGAGCUCCCUGUCCCGAAGUCCCAGUCAACGGUGGCGAACAUUGGAGACACGACAAUCAGUCACAAGUCAAGCGAGAUACUACGCUCGUCCUCUUACCGCACAAGCGCCUUGUUGUCUCCGGGGACUUUCCUCUAGGUAGCCCCUGGCCGAGCAAUUGCGCCGCGAAGAAAAGCCACUUACGCGAUGUCAAGGCUCUCAGCUCAAGUUCAUCAAAACUCACAGGAGAGAAGGAAAGGGAGAACAAGGCGGUAAAGGAGACGGUUUGGUGGCUGAAGUUUGACUGUCGGGGUGUGCCGGAGGAAAUGAAAGGAGCUAUGCAAGAGGAGGAUGAAGAGAAAGAACGAGUUAAGCAGCGACAGGCGGAGAAGGCAAGAUUUCAGGGUGGGAGAAUGGUGCAGAGAGGAAAUUCAACGGUGUGGAGAAAGGAACCUCGAUUCAGGGGCAGUGGGAGAGUCGUGACGCUUGAUGAUCCUGUGAAAGAUGGCAAGGAACUGGCCUUUGGAGAGCAAAUCCUGCCCAGCGACUUGUGGAGGGAAAACAGACGUUGGAAUGCUCCAACUGUCGAGGAGGGUGAGGGAAUGAGAAUGGAGGAUAUCAUUCGUGCGGAGCCGGCUUAUACGAUUAGAACAGUACAACGACGCACCCCGAAGAAGACUAUCAAGAAACGGGUCAGCUUCAAAACCCCGUUGGUGGAAGAGAUUCCGUACUUGCAACCACCUGAGCUCUUGCUACUGGAUUCGGCUAGUGAUUGUGAGUUGAGCGUGGGAUCGGAAAGCGGAUGUGAAUAUGAUGGUUUCCUCGACUUUUCCGAGGAUGAGGCUCAGGGAUGGGUGCCUGUUAUGGUGCGAGAAGACCAAAAGGAAGAAGAGGAAGGGUGGGUAUCUCUUACUGGGUCCUGGAUGAUGCUUGGCGGAGUGCCGGAGGAAAAGAAGAUGGUGAAGUUGUAG